CACAACCAUAUUUAAUGCCUAAGAAGUUUUCUAUAAACCCCAAAGCUCAAGCUGCUAGAGAGAAAGAGGUUGAGAAGAAGGAGACUGCCAAGAGUAAAAAGAAAUAGAAGGAGGAAGAAGAAUAUUGGAAGGAGACAGAUAAGAAUGUCAUAUCAAAAUAAGAGAGAUAGAGAUAGAAGGAAUUAGAGGAAGAGAGUAAGAGAAAGAAGCAAGAGGAGAAAAAAAUGCUGUAUGAGAGUGAGAUGAAUGCAAUAGAAUCAAGGGGCUAUAUCUAAGAAGCAAUUAAAGGAAGAAUAAAUGUAGAAAUAGAGAGCGAAUAGAGUGAGAAUGAGGAAGUUGAAUAGGAAUAAUUAGAAUAGUAAGACAAUAAUUAAUUUCUUUAAUAAAAUUAAUAAGAACAAUAAAUAAAUUUAGAGAAACUUCAAGAAAUUUGGGAUUCAGACAAAGAAGAUUUCGAUGAAACGAUUGGAUAAAAUUAGAAUCAUAUUUUAAGAGAUUAAUAAAAAAAAGAUAAGGAAAAAUAUGAAUAAAUCAUCGAUGCAGAUGGAAUUGAUUAGUUUAUAGAUGCUAUAGAUGGGAAAGGCCCUUAGUAAUUGAAAUUCAAAGAAUAUUGUCGCAAAAGAUUAUAGAAGGUUUAGAAGGACAAUCCUUUACUAAGACAUUCUUAAAUAAUGGAAAUGAUUUAUAAAUAGUGGAAGACAGAUCCUCUAAAUCCUAAGAACUAAUGAUUUAUAAUAAAGCAUAAUAAAGUUAGAUUUAUUAUCUUA